CAGGAGUGUAAACUCCAAAGAGUCAUGACGAUGACAUUCAAGCCGCGGCCACCGCCAUCGUUCCAGCAGCUCGUCGUUGCUGGGUCUGUCUCAGGCAUGUCUAGCGUGGUGGUGUGUCAUCCUUUGGACACCAUCCGCACGCGGUUGCAGUACUCGUCGUCGUCCUCGUUCGCGUCGGUUGUCUGCACAACGCUCCGUCACGAAGGCCUUCGCGGGCUGUACAAGGGAUUCUUCCCUCCAUUCUUCUCCCAAGCUGUGUAUAAAUCCGUCAUCUUCUCAGCCCAAGGUCAUGUGCGUUCGUUCAUGUCGGCACAUAUGGAUCAUCCGUCGCCGCUGCUGCUUUCGACGUGCGCUGGGGCCAUCGCAGGCGGUAUCAACGCUUUCCUUGUCGCGCCCGUUGAACUCGUACGAAACCGCCUUCAAAUCCAACAACAGCAUGCCAAGUACAAGGGCACCGCCGACGUCGUCCGUCAAGUCAUCAUGCACGAAGGUCCAUUGGCAUUGUGGAAGGGACUCUCGUGCACCAUCACCCGAGAUGCGCUGGGCGUAGCGUGUUACUUUAUGGCGUUCGACUGCGUCAAAUCUGCCUUGCCCAGCGAAUGGGAUACCACGUCUCGCGUGUUGGUAGCAGGUGCCACGGGCGGGAUUGCCUUUUGGUCGAUUGCAUUACCUUUUGACACGAUCAAGACAGUCAUUCAAGUCUCAACGCCGUCAACUUCGCACCAGGAGCAACCCCUCGGUAUGAUUCGAACGGGACUCCAACUAGUUCGACAGCAUGGAAUUGGCCGGGUGUUUCACGGGUGGCAGGCUGCUUUCUCCCGAGGCAUUCCUGGGGCGGCUAUUACGUUCUGGGCGUACGACACUACCAUGGCCUACCUCCAGCACAACGACGAUCCGUCCAGUGUAUAAUAAUUCUCACGACGAUGAUCCAUUCAGUUGACCGGCUACGUUCUAGUAACUACUACUACCGAUACGUAGUACUACUAGG